AUGACACGGGCUCCGUGGCGGGCGCUGCUGGCGCUGCUGGGGCUGUGGCCGGGGCUGUGGCCGGUCCCGGGACUGGCGCUCGCCCCCCGCCCGCGCCCCCCGCCCACGGACACGCGCGGGGACCUGGACAGCGUCAUCAACCUGGCCAAGGCUCUGCUCGGCGACACCAAAGCUUUCCUGGAGCUCCUCAAGUCGCGAUUCCCGGCCGAGGGGGAGCACAAGCUGGACUCGCUGCCCGUGCUGGCCAUGAGCGCCCUGGAGCUGCCCAACAUCCAGGCCUCGGCGCUGCUGCCCCGCCUGGGCUCGGACCUGCUGCGGUACCAGCGGCUCCUGGAGUGGCUGCGCCGGGCCGGGGGCGCCCUGCGGGGGCUGGAGCCAGACCUGGGCGCGCUGCGGGCCCGGCUCGAGCGGCUGCGGGGCCGCCUGGAGCACCUGGUGUCGCGGCUGUCGCUGCCCCGCCCCGCCGCUCCCGCCCCGCCGCUGUCGCCGCUGUCGCCGGUGUCGCCGUGGGCGGCGGUGCGCGCGGCGCACGCGGUGGCGCGGGGGCUGCACCUGUACCUGGACUGGGCCGCGCGGGGCCUCGUCCUGCUGCGGAACCGCCUCUAA